AUGGAGUGUAGGCCACUUAACAUCACCAUAGUCUCGGCAAAAGGUCUCAAGAAGGGGAAAGACGUCCCGCAAAUGCUUGUGUACUUGGAGGCCAACGUCUCCACCGAUCCCAACACCAAGCAGCGGACUCCAGCUGCCAGGGAAGGCGGCAACAGCCCCGCCUGGACCUUCCCCAUGCAGUUCGUCAUCGACGCGGCUUCCCUCCAAAAGGAUGGCCCUCUUUUGAUUCUGAAACUCAGAUGCCAACGCCCCGGCGGUGAUCUUGACAUUGGAGAAACUCAGGUACCCAUCAAGGAAUUACUCGAAACGGCUGGCAAGGACAAGGAUCCUAAGAAAGCUGAAUAUCCGGUAAAGAAACCGUCUGGUAAAGAGAAAGGCGAAUUGAAAUUCACAUUCAAGUUCGGGGAAAAACUACCAGGGGGAUUUCCUUUCCAAGCGCCACCGAGCAUGCCGUAUACCGCGGCAACGACCCAAACCCCGAUCAGUUAUCCACCGGUAGGAUAUCCUCAGGCUGGCCUUGGAGGUCGAUACGGGCUGCUUCCUCAUGGAGGGUCCAAAGACGUGGCUCCGCCAUUGUGA